AUGCAAGUGGACGACGUGAUUUGGUCUGUGAUCAACACUCAAUUCUGCUCAUACAAGGUCAAGACAACCACCCAAAACUUUUGUCGAAACGAAUACAAUGUGACUGGAUUUUGUAAUCGACAAUCAUGUCCACUUGCAAACUCGAGAUAUGCAACUGUUCGAGAGAAAGAAGGGAUCCUCUAUCUAUACGUGAAAACAAUAGAACGUGCCCAUACACCUGCAAAUAUGUGGGAAAAGAUUCAGCUCUCGAAGAAUUAUACAAAGGCGUUGGAGCAAAUAGACCAAGAGCUGAUAUACUGGCCCAACUUUCUCAUUCACAAAUGCAAGCAGCGCGUAACGAAAAUAACACAGUAUUUGAUCAAGAUGAGGCGGCUCAAAUUACGGCAACAGCCGAAACUCAUUGGUGUAAAGAAAAAGCUUGACAGGAGAGAGAGGACUCGAGAGGAAAAGGCCCUUGCGGCAGCUCAUAUUGAGCGGUCCAUCCAAAAGGAACUCAUCGAGCGUCUCAAAUCAAAAGCCUACGGCGACGCACCACUCAAUGUCAACGAAGACGUAUGGCGGGGCGUCGAGUUGGAGGAUGAGGAGAGUGAGGAAGAGGAUGAAGAUGAAUUGGAGAUUGAAUACGUCGAAGGAGAUGAUGAUGAUGAUGAUGAAUAUGGUGCACGGGAGUUUGUUAGCGACGACAGCGCACUCGAAUCAGAUGGAUUGGACGACUUGGAGGAUGCCGUUGGCGGUGAAGUUGGCGAUUCCAACGACGAGGACGAAGAUGGUUCGGAGAGUGACUCGGGCAAAAAACCUGCAAAGGCGGGUACCAAGCGCAAAGCGAAGCCUCCAAAACGACCGACCAAGCGACCGAAACGCGCGGCACGAGUGAAUAUAGAAAUCGAAGAGGAGACCGUACCGCUCACGAAGCAAUCACUAUUAUCGUGGUAG